AUGCAAGCCAGGAAGAUUAAGUACGACGUCGUCCUACUGACCGAGGAGAGACGACGCUAUCCACUAAAUGCCGCAUAUGACAUUGGAGAAGAAGUGUUCUUCGGAAAAUGUGACAGGUGGAGUGGGUAUCCUUGUCAACACGAAUAUGGCAAAGACCACGGUUCUUUAGAACAACUCCCUAUCCGGAUCGGAAGUCUGCGGAAGAGGCGAUGUGGUUCAACGCCAGCUUCGACUUUCUUCAUCGCUUACGCUCUAACAUCAAGCUACGAAGAAGAGGAAAACAGAUUUUUAUUCAUAAACCUGGGAAAAUUCUAUAGAGAAGACCAUGCUUUCCACAGGGUUACUGUUGGUGAAUUCAACGCUGAAAUCGGACUUAGAAAAACACCUAAAGAAGUUCACAUCGGAGCCCAUUCCUGUAAUGGAACGGAAGCCUUUCUGUCCGAGGUUCGACGUGCUAUCAUGUCGCAUAAGGUCAACAAGACCGUGUUGUUGUUUAAGGAGAGAGAUCCAGAUGGCAUCAUACAUACAGAGUUGCUCCUUAGCAAGAUUGAAAAAGCGUUGGGUGGUCAUAUUCACACUGCUUCGAAGCUCACUGAAGUAGCGUUAGAGUACAAGACGCCGCUAUGUCUUACCUUCAACUUGAAGAAGGCCUUUGACUCAAUCGAGACAGAAGCGAUUACGGAAACCUUGUACAAAGGGCAUAACAUUCACAGUCACUAA